ACUUCGUGUAUUUAUCAGUUGAAGGUCACCGUAUGCUUAGGCUAUUCUGUACACAAAAAUCUUACUAGAGAAGUAGAGAAAAGAAAAUCAAUAUUUUACGUGCUAAUAUUAUCUUAUUACAAUGAUGGAUAGCCUGUUUUCCCUAGAAUAUCUAGGGACGUUGUUGACCGGUAUAGUAUGUGUUAUUUUAACAGCGGCCUGGUAUUUACAUCAACAACACCUGAAGUAUGACCAUCUACCUGGACCUCCACGAGACAGUUUCUGGAGUGGCCACCUUCCAUCCAUCCAGAAAGUGAUAUCAGAUGGAGGAAUUUUUGAUGACUACAUUCUGGAAUUAACUAAAACUUAUGGCAAGAUACUACGGUUAUGUAUGUGGCAUCAGACAUUUGUAAUCGUCGCCGACCCCGAACUUGUCAAGGAAGUUCUAGUGACAGGAAAUCAUCCUAAAUCUAAAACAAUAUAUGCCAACUCAACACAUUUGUUUGGUGCCAGAUACCUUGGGAGAGGAAUUGAAAGUGAGACGGACCAAAAAUUUUGGAUAAUACAGCGUAUGCAUUUAGACCACUGGUUUAAACCUCAGCAUCUUCGCCGUUUCAACGCCGACAUUAAUGAGUUUGCUGACAGUCUUGUACGCCAGAUGGAGCAGUGUGCGGACGGGAAAACACAUGUUCCAAUGGAGAAGUUGUUUCAUAAAGUUACUCUCCAUCUUCUUUCUAAGGUUGCAUACAAUUUUGACCUCGGGAAGCUGGACGAAAAGUCUCAUCCUUUCGCAUAUUAUUUGGAGUUUGCAUUAUCUGCUUUUAUAAAGAAAGUGUUGGACCCGUUUUUCAGUCUGAAUCCUUUAAACUGGAGAUAUUGUUUAGAAGUUCGAAAUGUGGUAAAACAGCUAAGAUUACACGCCAAAGAUCAAAUAACUGAAAGAAAGAAAGCGAAGCUAAGAGGAGACCAUGUUCCCUAUGACCUCCUGGAAUCCUUCCUUGAACUACAAGAGAAAAGGCCGUUAGAAAUAACAGAUGCUAUUUUGGUGGACAAUUUCGUGACCUUCCUCAUAGCUGGCGAAGACACCACAGCCAAUACACUCAGUUUCAUGAUUUUUCUUCUGUCCCAGAAUCCUGAAUGUUACAAAAAAUUACAGGAGGAAAUUGAUACCAACGUGGCUGCCGUGUCUGUAAUAACACCUGAUGAGAUUGACGACUUACCUUACCUGGAUAUGGUGAUGAAGGAAACACUUCGUCUUUAUCCGAUCAUCAAGUCAACUUACAGAGAAACUGGACGCGAAUGUAAUAUAGGAGGGUAUACCCUUCCUAUCGGAACUGAUAUAGUGGUGAGUUUUUACGCCACGAGCAGAUCUUCCAAAACAUUGACAGAUCCUCAUCUCUUCAUACCCGAACGAUUCGACUCAAAGGCAAAAGAAAGAGUUGCUACAUACGUGUCUACCCCGUUUUCAGCUGGCCCGCACACUUGUAUUGGAAAGAAAUUUGCACAGAUAGAAACAAAGAUCAUAAUGGCAAAGAUCAUCCAAACCUUUGACUUCGAGCUGGUUCCGGGACAAGCCAUGGGUACCAUUGAUAAAACCAUGCUACACCCUGCAGGUGGCGCCACGUGCUUUCUGCGACAAAGGAAGGAUACAUAGAGGACAAAAGGCAAAGAUUGAAGAAUAAGAAUCAAAACAUUUAUAGCGUCUUGAAUGUGUAAUUUAUAUAAGUAACAAUACCCGUCGCUCUUCGUUCGUAAUACAACGUUCACAAUGUUGAAUAUAAUUCACAUUUUUGUAGUAUCUGCUUUGAUUAUUUUGGCAAUUAUUAAAUUUUGUGUUGAAUACCCGUCCCCUCAAUAUGUAGAUUAUAUUUAAAGCUCGCGUUAUAUAGUUUUGCAGUAUACUUAUGAUACGUUUUUGUAUCAUUUUUUCAUCUUGGCAUGAAUCGAUUCGGAUAUCAAAAUUAUAUAUCACAAAUCUACAUAAUUCAUUAUAUGAUUUUGAUUAAUUUUGUUAUUGUUUCAUAGAGCCUAAUAAUUAAGUGCUAAAGUUAUUCUAGUUGGUAUAUUGUGACCACCUCAAUUGUAAUCUUCAGAACGUCGGUAAUGAUAUAUUCCAAUUCCUGUCCGAUAUAUUGACUUAAAGGAUAAAGAAUAUAAAUAUACUGUGUUGACUCUUGUAUCUGAAAAAAAUGUAUAAGUAGUGCCAUCGCCUAUAUUGUAAGCGAAUUGUUUGUUUUAACAUUUUGUAAAAUGCGUCAUUUUGAAUAGAUGAUAUAUUUUUAAUAAAUUAAGUGUAUAUCUAUU